UGGAGCCGUAAAGACCUGCCUAAAAGGGAACACUUCCACCCGACGGCAUUCACAGACGAGGUCUGAGGAAAGCACGCAGGGUCUCCAACUUUCAUUACUGCAGAAGCGUCUGGAUCCUCACUGAAACUCACCGGACAGAGAUAACCCUGGGCGAAGAGCAUUUCCUGGAGCACCUUUGAUACCGAGCUGAGAAUUGUUGCAGUAAAUGUUGCCCGAGUCGCCAGCAUCUCAUACCUUCAAGAUGCUGGCCGUUAUAGAACAAUGGGAGGUGAGCUCUGGCUGUCAUACAGACAACACUGAGAAGUAUCUGUUACUUGUGCUUUUCAAGCUGGGACUGGAUGCGGCUGUCUUUUACUUAUGCUGCCGGAAGGUGCAUAUGUCUUUUUUAAGUAUGUGCAGCCUGUCCAUCAUCCUGGCUGAUGUGGCGAUGGCGGCAUUUCUGACAGCUGUGCGGUUUCUUGGGGCUGAAAGGUCUCCGGUGUCACCCUGCUUCAUAUUGGCCAAUGCCUCGGCGACAUAUGCGGGACUGCCGCUGCCCGUCAUGUUCCUGGGUUUAUUGGACUGCUGUUUAGGAGAUACCUACCUCUACAAACAGAGCACCUCAUUCAAAAUCUUACGAAACGCAGCCUUGACAUUGUUGGGGUGGAUGCUCGCUGUUAUUUACUCGUUUGGUUCGGUAAAAGCUGAGCUGAUGGAGCUGGAAUACACAGCAUGGAAAAAGGCCCUAGUGUGUGAAGUUCAGGAGUCGAAGCUGAUUACCUUCUUCACUUUGGUGCUUUUCACAGCAGUAAUUUGUGCAAUGCUGCCCUUUUGGUCAAGCAUUCCCCAGUGGCUGAAAGAGGCUGACAGGUUGGCUGAAGUGAGGGAAGAACAAGAGAACCAGGAGCACCUGUUGUUCAUCUCAACUGACUGCACGGAGACAAAAAGCAAGAAGAAUUAUCUGGAGGUGACCACCUCGCCGCGACCUCCUCUGUGGCUCAGCCUAACAAUGGGCUUUAGUGUGUUUUGGAUACCUUAUCUUGCAACGUCUGUGACUUGUUUGGCCUUUAACUUCGGAGUACCUGCCUAUAUCACUGUUAACAUUCUGUGGUUGGAGUGCACUAACAGUUUUCUGAUGGGUGUGCUGUUCUGGGCAAAGAGCAACACGCUAGGGCCAUACAGCAAUCUACCAGAAAAUGUGUGCUUAUGGCAUGUUUACUGGCAUUUGAGCAAAGCAACAGGCCAGCAGCAACACUCUAUAGCUGUGUUCAACCCAUCAAAAGGGAAGAGAACCACACUCCUCUAUGUGUAAUACAAGAUAGGAGAAAGCCAAUGAAGACUUCAUGGAAAUGGGCCAGCAUCCAUGAAUGGUGGGUUCACCUGUGUGAAUGCUGUGUUAGAUGCUUAAAGUGACUCAGGUCUGAAAGCCUGGACAAAGAAACGCACCUCUCACACCUCACUUUUGUGCAAAGAAUUAAACGGCAAAAUGCUGCAGUUGACAAGAGACUGUGACUGGACUUUCAAAUGUAAAUCUGUGAAGGACUGUGGAGCAAAGUUGCAGAAAACUGUGGUCAUUAAGUUAAGCUUUUGUAAAUAUUUAAAGAAAUCAGGAGACAUUUUUUAUUUUCUACACUCGUUGUCAGACAAAAUGUACAACUCUACUACUGGAGCCAAAGUAUAGAUACUCCAAGUCAAAUACUACUCCGUCAAAUAAUAUUACAUUUUUUACAUGAGUUAAAGUACUAAAGUGUUUGCUUUUAAAAAUACUUCAAUACACUUUCUUUUUAAUGUCAA